GAGAGAGAGAAGGAGAGAUGGAGACGGCGGCAAGAGAAGAACUAGACCUGGAAGUAAUGAAGCCUUUAAUAGAAGAUGAUAAUUCAGACACUGAUGAUGAUGAAAAUGAAUUGCUGCCAGCUGAGAAGAAAUAUCAGCUUGAUAAGGAAGAGGGCAUUACGUUUAUACAAACGCUCACUCAUCUCCUCAAAGGAAACAUUGGAACUGGACUUCUAGGGCUCCCACUUGCAAUAAAAAAUUCAGGCCUUGCGCUCGGCCCCAUCAGUCUUGUGUUCAUUGGGAUCGUGUCGAUUCACUGCAUGCACAUCUUGGUACAAUGCAGCCAGUAUCUAUCUCAAAGAUUGAAAAAGACUUCCUUAGGGUAUAGUGACACAGUUAGCUACGCGAUGGAAGUGGGUCCCUUUGACUCAUUACAGAAACGAGCGUCAUGGGGAAGGUGUAUUGUUGACUUCUUCCUUGUGGUCACGCAGUUGGGCUUUUGUAGCGUUUACAUUGUGUUCUUAGCUGAAAAUGUGAAACAGGUUUUUGAAGGGCACGUUGAAAAUAAAUCUGCCGCGAUGAAUGCCACGGGAACCAGUGGGCCCUCAGAAAAAAGGUCCAUUGAUCUGCGGAUAUAUAUGCUGUGCUUCCUUCCCUUUAUAAUCCUCUUGGUAUUCAUCCGCGACCUUAAGAGCCUGUCUGUAUUCUCAUUCAUUGCGAACAUUUCUAUGGCCGUCAGCCUUAUCAUUAUUUAUCAAUAUGUUGUCCAGGGUUUGCCCGAUCCUCGAAAACUGCCUCUGGUGGCCCACUGGAAGAAGUUUCCCCUUUUCUUCGGCACGGCUAUAUUUGCUUUCGAAGGAAUAGGGGUGGUGCUCCCCCUCCAGAACAGGAUGAAAGAAAGCGAUCGCUUCCCGUUGGCGCUCAACAUUGGCAUGGGGAUUGUGAUGACCUUGUACAUCACACUGGCCACCAUGGGGUAUAUGCGCUUUGGGGAUGAAAUCAAAGGCAGCAUCACCCUGAACCUGCCGCAAGAUCAAUGGCUGUACCAAAUGGUCAAGAUUCUCUAUUCCUUUGGGAUUUUUGUGACCUAUUCGAUUCAAUUCUACGUUCCAGCUGAGAUCAUCGUGCCAGCUGUUGCCGCUAGAGUGCAGCAGAAGCUGAAACUGUUCUGUGAGCUGAUGAUGAGGGUGUUCCUGGUCUGCCUAACCUGUGCUCUAGCAGUUUCUAUCCCUCGUCUGGAUAUAGUGAUUGCCCUAGUCGGAGCUGUAAGCAGCAGCACUUUGGCCUUGAUCUUGCCGCCGUUGGUGGAAAUCUUCACUUUUUAUAAGGAGAAACAAAGUCCGUGGAUAAUACUGAAAGAUAUUUCCAUCGCCUCCCUUGGAGUGAUUGGUUUUGUAACCGGCACAUAUGUGAGCAUAGAAGAGAUUAUUUGUCCCACUGCCAUGGCUUCUGUUAAUGCUACAGACACGACUGACUGUUUCAAUACUUCAGUACCCUUGCUCAGGGGUACUAAUUAAUGUUGGAAGACCAUGACUCUCCUGAGUUACUUAACUAUGGACGUACUUGAGAACCAAAGAUGAUGAUGACAGAUUCCAAAUGUGAAGGUUUCAAGAUGGUAGAAUGAAUUUCUGAAAACUUACUCCUGUCUAACAUGUA